GAGGAAUGUUUUGAAGGAUCAAUGUCAGUGGAUUGUUAUGUGAAGAACGUUGGGUGUUUUUGGAAAGAGAGAAAUGAUUGCAUGGUUUGAGAUUUAGUGUAGUCUGAGAGUCUGUGUAUAUUUGUGUGUGUGUGUGUGUGUGUGUGUGUGUGUGUUUGUGCUGAGCAGGUCUGUUUGCUGAAUCCUCUUGGCUCUCUCUCCCUGUGCCCGCACACAGCGCUCACUGGCAGCCAGGCGGACGGGCAGGGCAGCCUGUGCCAACACAGCUGCCUAUUGAGAGGCAGCGUUACGGACACAAUGUGAGCGACAGACUUGCUGUAUCAACAGCUCCCCCUUUUCUGCUGUUGUGGCCAGAAAUAAACCAUAAAUACCCCCCCUGUCCCUGCCCUCUAAUGGCUCAACCCCACCAAACACCAAGUGGUACCGAAAAAGACGGACGCUACCACUUCCUAGCAGGCAUAACCAGUGGAGGAGCAGUGGAUCAGGAGGAUGUCGGAGCAGCAGAGUGCCCCGGAGCAGCUUGCUGCUGGGAAGAGCCAGGGUGGAGCUGGAGCUACAUAUAAGGUGGUGCUUUUUGAGUUUGAAAACUUUCAGGGCUGCAAGGCAGAGUUCUCUGCAGAGUGUAAAGAUGUGACAGAAAAGGGACUGGAGAAAGUCGGCUCUUUGAUUGUUGAGUUCGGACCCUGGGUGGGGUACGAUCGGCACGGGUUCACAGGGGAGCAGUUUAUUCUGGAGAAGGGCGAGUAUCCACGCUGGGACACUUGGACCAAUAGUCAGAGCAGCUACUCCCUUUUGUCUCUAAGGCCACUCAAAGUGGACAGUGCUGAACACAAGCUACACCUGUAUGAGAACCCUGGGUUUACUGGCAGAAAGAUGGAGAUUGUUGAUGAUGAUGUGCCAAGUUUGUGGGGCCAUGGUUUUCAGGAUCGUGUAGCAAGUGUCAAAGCUCUUAACGGAACAUGGGUUGGCUACAUAUACCCCGGCUACAGAGGUCGGCAGUUUAUCUUUGAGCGAGGAGAUUUCAAGCACUGGAACGACUGGGAGGCCCCCGCGCCCCAGAUCCAAUCUGUCCGACGUGUGCGGGACAUGCAGUGGCACAAGAGGGGCUGUUUCAUUGUUCCUGACCCCGCUCCUGCUCCUGCUCCUGGCCCUGUCCCAGACCCGGAUCCUGCCCCAGCACCUCCUGCCCCUCCUGCUACUGCUGGGGCCAGCUGAGCAGGAUUCUCACCUGCCUCCCAAACCCAACACUGCCCUCAGUGCCUGCCCUCUGCCUUAACCUAACCAUGGCAAAAGCUGCUUGUGCCCAGUGACGAGUGCCAUGUAAAUUUCAGUGGCGAAUAAAGGUUGUUUGAUCUUGAGUUUGUUGGUGAUGUUAUACUUGUACAUCAAGGUGGGAAAUGCUUACUUAAGAUUUUGAAACCACAGUCAGAGAUGUAAAACUGACCUCCAUGUGGAAACAAUGUAGCUAACAUUUGGCAGACAUUUUUUCCUCAACAUAAACUGCAGAUGUCUUUUGAACUGAAUUGGCUUUUGAGUUGUGUGCUGCUUUCAAUGACUGUUUCCUUAUUUUAGUCAGCUCAAAACCUCAUUCUGAAUUGGAAGCCCAUGAUUGAUUCAGUAAAUAUGUGGAUAUGCAUCUGCUUAACAGCAAUGGAAAUGAUGUCGUGCUGUAUGUAUGCUUGCUAUUAAA